GUUCCCCUGGCCCUGCGCCGGCUCCACGCUGCCUCUGCAGUUGACUUUGGACGGCCCAGAGGAGAGAGAGCGAAAGAGGGAGGCGAGCGCUGGAGCAAGCGGGCCGAGCGCCAUGCGCCGCGCCAGCCGAGAUUAUACCAAGUACCUGCGCGGCUCCGAGGAGAUGGGCAGUGGAGGCUCCGGCGCCCCGCACGAGGGCCCCCUGCACGCCCCGCCGACGCCCACCCAGCCCGCGCCGCCUCAACCAGCCGCCGGCUCCCGCUCCAUGUUUGUGGCCCUCCUGGGGCUGGGGCUGGGCCAGGUCGUGUGCAGCGUCGCCCUGUUCCUCUACUUCAGAGCGCAGAUGGAUCCUAAUAGAAUAUCAGAAGAUGAUACUCACUGCAUUAAUAGAAUUUUCAAACUUCAUGAAAAUGUAGAUUUGCAAGAUAUGACUCUGGAGAACCAAGACACAAAAUUAAUACCUGAUUCGUGUAAGAGAAUUAAACAGGCCUUUCAAGCGGCUGUGCAAAAGGAAUUGCAACAUAUUGUUAGAUCACAAUAUGUCAGAGCAGAAAAAGCGAUGAUGGACGGAUCAGGGUUAGAUCUAGCCGGGAGGGGCAAGCCUGAUAUGCAACCCUUUGCUCAUCUCACUAUUAAUGCUACUGACAUCCCAUCAGGUACCCAUAAAGUGAGUCUGUCUUCUUGGUACCAUGAUCGAGGUUGGGCCAAGAUCUCCAACAUGACUUUCAGCAAUGGAAAACUAAUUGUCAACCAAGAUGGCUUUUAUUACCUGUAUGCCAACAUUUGCUUUCGACAUCAUGAAACUUCAGGAGACCUAGCUACAGAGUAUCUUCAACUCAUGGUGUAUGUCACGAAGACCAGCAUCAAAAUCCCCAGUUCUCAUACCUUGAUGAAAGGAGGAAGCACCAAAUACUGGUCAGGGAAUUCUGAGUUCCAUUUUUACUCCAUAAAUGUUGGAGGAUUUUUUAAGCUACGGUCUGGUGAGGAAAUAAGCAUCGAGGUAUCCAACCCUUCACUACUGGAUCCAGAUCAAGAUGCAACCUAUUUUGGGGCUUUUAAAGUUCGAGAUAUAGAUUGAGUUCCAUUUUCUGGAGUGUUAUCACAUAUUUCCUAACAUGUACAGGAAACUUAAAAAAAAAAAAAAACAACAACCCAGAAGGAUGUAUGUAUAUAGGUGUGUGAGACUACUAAGAGCUAUGACCCACAUGGUACAAUUCAUGGAGACUCUAUCCAUGCUUUUGACUCUGUAGAGAGCAAGUGUAUCCAUAGCCAAAGGAGGUGUUGAACUCAAGCUGUGUGACAAGUCUAAAGGCUUUCUUACACAAUGGUUUUUAAAUUUUGUAAUGAAUUCCUAGAAUUAAACCAGGUUGGAGCAAUUAUGAUUGCCUUCACAGAAAACUACAUUUGGGCUGUGGGAAGGGUUUAGUUCUCUAGAUCUGGCCCAUGGUUAUGUGUCGCUGAAAUGGAGAAGGCAUCAUCUAAUUGCAAAUGGAUGAUCGUGUGAUGGUUAAGUUCUUUUGAAUUGUUACAUCAUGCUGGAACCUGCAAAUAGAUACUUUUUCUAAUGAGAGAAAAUAUAUGUAUUUUUAUAUAAUAUCUAAAGUUAUAUUUCAGGUGUAAUGUUUUCUGUGCAAAGUAUUGUAAAUUAUAUUUGUGCUAUAGUAUUUGUUUCAAAAUAUUUAAAAAUGUCUUGCUGUAGACAUAUUUAAUGUUUUAAAUGUACAGACAUAUUUAACUGGUGCACUUUGUAAAUCCCCUGGGGAAAACUUGCAGCUAAGGAAAAAAAAUGUUGUUUGCUAAUACCAACUGUAUUAUAUUUCUUCAUUCCUUUUAACUUAAUAGAUUUUUCAGACUUGUCAAGUUCUUUGCAAAAAAAUUAAAAUAGAUGCCUUGAAUAGUAAGUAGGAUGUUGACCACCAGGUGCCUUUCAAAUUUAGAAUCUAAUUGACUUUAGAAAGCUGACAUUGACAAAAAAGAUACAUAAUGGUCUACUGAAAUCUGUCAAGAGUAUUUCUAUAAUUAUUGAACAGGUGUUUUUUUCUACAAGAGCUGCAAAUUAUAAAUUUUUUAAAUGGAGAAAUGAUCAGCAGCUUAUCAGCAAAAAAUGAAACCCCAUUUUUAAUUUAG